AUGACUACUCUGUUUGAUUCUUCUUGUUUUAAACCAAAACUUAUACUUACAAAUAGGUCUGUUUUUACUCCAGUCAAAAAAGAUCUUUAUUGUAUUAUUUGGGAUACUACUGUCUCAAAUUCUUCUGACUCUGACGUUACAAAAGAAGUCCCAAGAUCUUCUCGUGAUUGGAGCGAUCUUGCAACUUUAUAUAUUAUGCUCAAAUAUAGAAAAUGGCAAUUAAAAGAUAGAAGAACACAACCAUUAAAACAAUUUCAUAUCCAAUGUUCUAAUGAUUUACUGAAUGAUUUAGGAAUUAAAAAAACAUCGACCCAAUUACGAGAUAAAAUUAAUAAUACAAGAUCAUCAUAUCAUGCAAUUUCUAAACAAAUUAAAGAAGGUGUUUUUGAUCCAAUUUCAACAUUUCUUAAUAAACGAGUAUUAAAAAUGAUGAAAUUUUUAUAUGACACUAAAUCUACAGUUACAGUUGAAAACAUUGAUGCUCAAAUUAAUACAAUAAUUAACCAAAAUUCAAAAUCCUAA